CAAGCAUGUUUUUGAUCCCGACGCUGCAACUCCUGUAUCUCGGUUUCAGUAAAGAUAGUGCACACUGCAGAUAGUGCAAACUGCCCCGUCACUUCAGGUGGUUGCGGUGUGUCAGUGUCGUCGGCUUUUUGGACAACGUUGGAACAUACGCGCGGAUCAAAAUGGGUCUACAGAUCACAGUGGAACCAGUGGUGUUUUUAUUCUUUGCCACCAUGCAUCUGGAGAUGAGUGCCGUUCAAGAUAUUAUAAACACCAAGUGCUGCUUCAGACACCUCAACACAACUAAUGUUGCGGAUUGUCACUCGGCCCAAAACCAGACGCGCACCGACAUCAAAGCCGAAGCCUCCCUGUGGAUUGCUUUCUACUAUGGAACAAUGUCUGUGCUGACUCUGAUCUGUGGUAUGUGGGUUGGAUCAUGGAAUGACCGCUUUGGUCGCAAGCGGCCCAUGCUUGUUCCCCUUAUCGGUGGGAUGGCAAGCGUGCUAAACUUCAUUUUCCUCUCACACUUCCUCGAUAGCAGUGUGUCUUUUGUCAUGAUCAGUGCCGUACUAAUUGGCAUAUCUACUGGAAGUUUGGGAAUAAUAUCCAGCUGCUUUGGCUACCUGACCGAUGUGACACCUUUCCAGUCUCGCAGUCGACGAAUUUCAAUACUUGAAGCCAUGAAUUUCACUGGAGGAGCGUUUGGAAUGUACCUUGUUGGAGGCCUGCUCAAGUCAAGUACUUAUGAAGUGAUCUUCCUGGUUGAACUCUUCAUCUAUGCUGUUGCCGUCUUCUAUGUCUUGCUUGUCAUCCGUGACAAAGUGCCCACAGAAACAAGCAUUGACAGCGGAGUGGAGCAUCCUGGAAUAUUCUCUUUUCGGCAUGUGAAGGACAUGGCAAUGACUGUGUUCAGGCUGCGAGACCAUGGGAACAGAGGCCAUAUCAUACUGCUGCUUCUUGCUGCUUUUGCGAUGUUCUAUGGCCUAGCAGCCCAGAUCUAUUUGACGUACACCUUCUUGACCGAUGAGCCGCUACGCUGGACAGCAAGUCAUUACAGUUUCCUGCAGGGAGUCAAUAUUGCAGUGGAAGGUGUAGCCCUUCUGGUGGUGCUGCCUUUGGCUUACCGCUUCUUGAAUAUUUCUGACGCAUUUGCUGGCCUCCUAGGAUCACUGUCAAGGUUCUUGGGUCUCUUGUGGCUUGGCCUGUGCACAAAAACAUCUAUGGUCUACUUCAUUCCGGUGCUUUUCGUCUUCAGUGAGUUUACAAGCCCUUCGAUUCGUGCAUUGCUGUCAAAGAUCGUAGCUGUCGAUGAAAAAGGCAAAGCUUUCGCUGUGAUGAGUGCUCUGCAGUCAUUUGCAAUGUUCACGGGAUCAUUGCUCUUCAACGGUCUCUACCCAGCCACAUCAAAGUUUUUUAAAGGUUUUGGUUUUGAAUUUGCUGCAGCUCUGCAACUCAUCCCCAUAGGAAUACUUCUGUACCUAUACUUCCGAUUCAGAAGAGAAGCACCGUAUGCUGAAAUUGAGGGUGAAAGCAUGAGCUCUAAUAUUGUGGAGAGUUAAAAGACCUGGCAGAGCAUUGCCAGUUUUGUGCUGUCUGCCGACCAGUGUCACACUUGGGUGUGGGAAUGCUUUUGCAAGGGAGAAAAGUGCCACAGUGUCCCCAACUCAGCACUUGUGCAGCAGCCAUUGCUCCUUCAUGGUGGCAUAGGGCCUCUAAAGCUGACUCUUGUAUGGAAAAUAAUCAAGCUGUCAUUGUACAGCUGUGAACAAGGAAUCGCCUGAGUAAGUUCUGCUAAAAUAUUUUCAAAUGAUGUUGGUAAAGCUUAUAUUCACUUAUGUAUCAUAAGAGGGUGAUCAUAUAUUUUUUAUUGAUUGUGGACAAUGUGCUGGUCACAUGGAACUCUCUAAGAGUUGCUCUCUUUGUGUCCGUAGAAAACUUAUGAAUGUUUCCAGCUUAUGUUCAAACUUUACACUAAAUAGGAGAGAGUCAGCAGAACUGAGAUGCUUUUUACAGUUGUAUUUCUAGUUUUGUUGAAUGCAGAACAAUGUUUGAUACAUAAUAAUACAAGUAUAGUAAAGCUGCAAAGCUUUUGAGACACAAUGGUUGUUACGAUUCCUGGUGUAGCUGUAAAAAAGUAAAUGAUGGCUAAAAUCUGUCCCAGUCCGCCUGCCUCUGUGGGUGGAGUGGGGCAGAUUUUAGCCAUCACUAACUUUUUUACAGCUGCACCAGGAAUCGUGAAAAUCAUUGUGGGUGGAGUGGGACACCACUAGGGAGGAAUAGGACAUAUGUAAAACAGUGGGACAAGUCUCAUCAGGAAUCAUUAUAAGUGGAUAGUUCAACAUCAAACAUUAAACGGAGUUGCAAAAACUUUGCUGUACUGAUAGUUUCGACACUGGAAGCUUCAUCACAACUUUCGUACUAGGUAAAGACACCAUAUUUUUUAGGAGGAAAGUAGAACCGAGAGCUCUGUUCUUCAUUUUGCAAUAACUGCAUAUGAAUGCUGAGACAUCAUUACUGCUGGCCACUCUACUAAUGUAAUGAACACAAAUUUUUAAAAAUUACACUAACAAAAAAGAACGCAGCCUUUUGUCACUUGAAUGUAUUCAUGAGGCUAAUUGAACCAGACAUUUCAAUGUCAGAUUCAAGAAAGGCAACGGCCAGUGUGUCUUUCUACUUGGGUGCACGUUAAAGAACCCCAGGUGGUCAAAAUUUCCGGAGCCCUCCACUACGGCGUCUCUCAUAAUCAAAUGGUGGUUUUGGGACGUUAAACCCCACAUAUCAAUCAAUCAAUCUUUCUACUUGAACAGCAAUCCUUCAGCAAUGCCAUUUUUCAUGGGCUGUGGCGGCACGUCCUGACUGUACUGCCCUCCUUUUGAGGGCUGUUGUGCUAACCUCUAUGAAUUCUUCAUUUGUAUGCUUUCCUAAUGUACAUGUAGGAAACUUUCACUUUUUUCUUUGUGCGCUGUGUAAGGCAGUGUGACGAUAGGAUAGAGAGUACUAAUUGGACAGCGUCCUGUUCCUCCCUCAACUCAACUUUCCCCUUCCUCUCUAACUUUGUUUUUCAAGGUAAACAAAGCCAAGUAGGUAAACUUCAGUCAUAAUGGCUAAAUUUUUUUUAAAAAGUCCAGUGAUCAUGUGUGUUUUCGGAGAACAAUUUACAUGGGAAUCCAAAAGGUGGUGUAAAUUGGAGAGUGAUGCAAUUCAUAUAGUGAAAGCUUACCUUGGGCACACGAAAACCGCAAUUUGCAGUUACAGAAACCUCCAUGCACUAAAGGCACCAGUCAUUACAUUUAUACAGUCGGUAUGUUAGUACAGUAAAACCUCGUUAACCGGUAUCUGACAGGAACGACGACGGAAAUGUCCAAGGUAACUGAAUUUCGGAUCGUCAAAUGGACUAUGAAAGCAAAAGAAAAAUGUACUCAGCACAGGCACACCUUUAUUUCAUAAAAAAUGUUGUUAUAUCCUGUGCCUCAUCAUCAAAGUAUGUGCUAGAACAAUCUUCUUCAACCACAUCGGGGGAUGGUGCACAGGAUUGUUGUCACGAGAACCAACGCACAGCUCUUCAAUGACAGCGGGUGCUUUGGUGGCUGCUUCACUCUGGUGAUGGUCGCCAUCACUUUGAAGAGCGACGCUGGUGGCAACACGCACAAGCACAGCCAGAGAACGCAAUGUGCACACAGUCACAACACAGAGGAACCAGCAGCAUAGGUGUAGCGAGCAGCUGUGCUAGCUGUAGUAGUGGUGGCAGCGCAACCCGUCCCUGACUGUCCGGUCGACCGUUCCAUAUUUAGUAGAACCUGGAUGCACCAGUGGCUCAAGCAAUUCCGCCAGGUGGUUACUAGUGCCAUCUAGACACUUCUCUCUCGUUCGCUAUCAUCAUGAUCAUACUCUGCUGGAGUUGUUCGUUUGGUGUUGUCCGAGUUAACUAGUGCACGAAUAAUUUCCUCUGAAUUAACAAGCAUUUGACACCUUGAAGUACACACAGUUUUGCCAGGACAGCGCUGCGAGUUUGAGUUGAUCGAAUUUCCAAGUUAACGAGAUCUGGAUGAACGAGGUUUUACUCUACUAUUUAAUCAGUUGUAGGCUAAAAUUUUCAAGAUCACUGCAGGAGAGAUAAACACACCGUCCUAUUUCUCCAAUCGUCCCAAGCCUCCAAACUCUCCCCUAUAUUCCGUACUCCGUCCAUGAGCAGUCAAACAAUCUUGUUACAUAGUUUCAUUUUGCUUGAUGUGGUUUGUGGAAAACAGCUUUUUCAGCAUCACAUUUACAGCUUUGUUCAACAUCACAUUUAGCAUUGCUAUACUGCAAGAGAAACUGUUGUUACUCAGUGAUGACAUUUUGGUGGGGUGGGGUUUGGUCGGGUGCAUGGUAUCGUUGUACCAGCAGCUGACCUUUCUAUUGCCAUCAAUACUGGUUGAAGUCUUUCACGUUGUACUAUUAAGUGCACAUGUUUUUUUUGUUUUAAUAAAUUUUAAAGUUGUUAUAGUAUCUCAUUGUGUUCAAUACAUUGAUGUGUGAGUAUAUUCCUGUUAUCCUGUAUAUAGUAUUUUCCAAUGUGUCAAGAGUCCGCAUGGAUGUACAAGUGCAUUGCGAUAGCAGUGACGCGUUAUUAAGUUAUUUUGGCUGCUUAUUGAGCUUGAACACACAAGUGAGCAAAGGACGGUUUUUUUCCCUUUCUGUUUUUACUGGUGGCAUAGCCAUGCCAUUGACUUAGGUGGCAGUGGGAGGUAAACCUGUUGCUUGUUGAGAAAGCAAAGAUGUUACAGUUAAAUUCAUUUACAGCUAUAGUAGGGCUUUCGUAAUAAUUUGUCUUGCUCUAUACUGUACCAAGAAUACUUUGAACCUGAAAAACCAAGAACAUGAAGACAUUAUGAAACAUUGACCAUGAGCCAAAAAACAGAUUUAAUUUGAAGAAUAUUUACAUAUAAUGUUAUAUAUAUUGUGGAGUAAUUUUUGAUAAAUAUUUAUAAUUCUGUAUGUACCUCCAGUAUAGUUUUUUGAUUUUCGAACUGUGAUGUUGCUUCGUGGAGGAAGCCCACUUUUUUAUUAACUUGAGGGUGGUGUGUGCAAUAACCAUUUAAUCAUUCGAGUUUCAAAGGCGUUACAAGGUUGCUUUAUGGUUCACAAUCUUUCGUAAUCGUAGCUUACUGGCUUAUUUUAUUUUUAAAGGUUGCAUUAUGUUUUAUGCAGUCAUUAAAGCUGUAUUUUUGUGUUUGUAAGUGAAGUGUGCAUAAGAUUUGCUCACUUUACUUUGUGAACAGUUACACUAUUUCAUUGUUGCAAGAAAGCCUGAUAUCAUAUUUUCCCAUCUAGUUGUGACACCACUCAUCCUCAUUCAACGUGUGUCUGAUUCUAGGGAGAUUCUUAACAGUUUGCCAUGUUUGUGAUGGUAGUGUCGAUGUUGUGAAACCUAGUGCACCUUCAUUCAAUUAUUGCUUUCACUUUUUUACAUUAUCAGCUACCCACUCAUGUCACUGGUGGAGGUUCUGACUGUCAUGAAACAAUUCACGUCUUCUGCAGCUAUCAGGCUGUAUGUAUGCAAAAAUUGCAUACUUACGUUUGUCAGGCAGAAUCACAUUAUUGAACGGAGACGUGUUGAUCGUUUCAUCUUGCCACAUUGCGUGACAUGAGCAUGCAAGUCUCGUCACAUCAGCUCUGGUGUCUUGUGUUUCUAUUUACGCAAGUUGAAUAUUUUGUAGAAACAAGUGUUGUUUUAUUUUUCCUCUUUCUUACUUCAACUUGACCGAUCCCUUAAACCUCUGGGAAAUGCAAUACUAUAAAGAAGUUUUAUUAUUUUGCAUCUCCAGCAUAAAAUGAACCUUGCCGGUGUUGUAAUCACGAGCAAUAAAUUUUCAUACUGUUAAGUGUUUUA